AUGUCACAAUCUUUCGCCGUUCCCCUGGCUAACACCAGAAAUGUGACGAUCGUCGCUCAUGUGGAUCAUGGUAAAACUUCUUUUGCGGACAGCUUGUUAUCAUCAAACAAUAUCAUUUCAUCUCGUAUGGCCGGAAAGUUGAGGUUCUUAGAUUCAAGAGAAGAUGAACAACAAAGAGGGAUCACCAUGGAGAGUAGUGCGGUAUCACUACGAUUUGACAUGAACAGAAUAGGUUCGGAUGGUAUCGCAUCAACGUCGAAGCAUUUGUGUAAUGUGAUCGAUACUCCUGGACAUGUUGAUUUUGCUUCAGAAGUGUCAACUGCGUCUCGACUAUGUGACGGUGCUAUAGUACUGGUAGAUUGCUGGGAAGGCGUUUGUACCCAAACUAUAGCGGUACUUCGACAAGCAUGGAUUGACAAACUUCGACCAUUAUUAGUAAUCAAUAAAAUAGAUCGAUUGAUAACUGAACUUCAAAUGUCACCUUCUGAAGCAUAUCACCAUCUCUCACAGUUGAUCGAGCAAGUGAACGCUGUCAUGGGAUCAUUUUACGCUUCUGAUAGAAUGGAAGAUGAUUUACGUUGGAGAGAAGAAAGAGAAAGAAGACUGGCUGAAAGAAAAUCAGUUCAGGAAGAUCAACAGAAUGACAACGAGAACGGAAAUGGAAAUAAUGAUGAUGAAAAUUUAGAUGAGGGUGAAUAUGAAGAAAAAGAAGACGAAGAUAUCUAUUUCGCUCCAGAUAGAGGAAACGUUCUUUUCGCUUCGGCGAUAGAUGGUUGGGCAUUCAGAUUAGGUAAAUUCGCAAGAUUAUAUGCUGACAAACUCAAGAUCAAGGAAAGCAAUCUGAGAAGAGUACUAUGGGGUGAUUGGUAUCUUGAUCCUAAGACUAAAAGAGUCGUAGGCAGAAAGAAACUAGCUGGAAGAAAUCUGAAACCGAUGUUCGUUCAAUUCGUCUUGGAGAAUAUUUGGAGAGUAUACGAUACCGUCUUGAAUCAACAUGAUCCUGAUGCAACGCAGAAAAUCGUUAAUGCUUUAGGUGUAAAGGUCACACCUCGAGAUAUCCGAUCGAAAGACACUCGAAACUUGCUCAACAUAAUCAUGCAACAAUGGUUACCUUUAUCGACAGCAACCUUCCAAGCUGUCAUCGACGUAAUUCCUUCUCCCGCUGAAGCUCAAGCUAUACGUUUACCGUUCAUGCUUCAUCCUCAGAAAGCUGCUGCAUCCACCGUAGCUCUCACGGCAACUAACGAUCUGGAGAAAGGGUUAUAUGGGUGUGAUCAAUCUGAAAAUGCCAACGUGGUGGCAUACGUGAGCAAGAUGUUUGCUGUACAAAGAAUCGAUUUACCAGAAUUCAAACCCAAAGAAAUGACAGCUGAAGAGAUGAGAAAACGAGGUAAAGAAGAAAGAGAGAAAAGAGCAGCAUUACUAGCAAGUAGACAAGAAAUUGCUGCCCCACUUCCAAACGGAGUUCCCUUACCUGAAAAUGGAGAAGAUCUUGUGAAACCACUUGAUUCGCUGAACGUCGAUGAAAAGGGAGUGGAAACUCCUCUUGUGUCGAUUGAUGAAUCAUCAGAGGUUCUUCUUGGUUUUUCACGUAUAUUUUCCGGUACUCUACGUUGUAAUACACACCUCAUGGUCACGUUACCUAAAUACGAUUCAGAUCUAGGAUCAAAACAUCCUAGAAACGCAAAAUAUAUAGCAAAAGUAAUAGCGAAAGAUCUUUAUAUGAUGAUGGGUAGAGAACUUGUUUCGGUCGAAGAAGUCCCCGCAGGUCAUGUUUGUGCAAUUGGAGGAUUGGAAAGAGUUGUACCUAGAAGUGCCACUCUUUGGGCUCCGAAUCUCAAUGGAAUAGAAGUAUUGAAGGACGAUGAUACAUUGGUCAAUCUGGCAGGAGUCAAUCUACUGAGCGCCUCCAUCGUUAGAGUAGCACUUGAACCUGAAAAUCCCAGUGACAUGCCAAAACUGAUCAAAGGUUUGCAAAUCCUCAAUCAAGCCGAUCCAUGUGCCGAGUAUCUUGUACAGGAAACCGGAGAACAUGUUAUCAUCACUGCGGGUGAAAUCCAUCUUCAGCGAUGUGUCAAAGAUCUUCAAGAACGUUUCGCAAAAUGUGCGAUACAGCAAUCGGCUGUGAUUGUGCCGUUCAGGGAGACAGCUGUCAAAGCUCCUGAUAUGGCACCACCCAAAACUGCUGGAGCUACAAGAGGUACCAUACAUAGCUCGAUCCUCAAUGGCCUCGUAACGUUCACAGUACGAGCUAUACCCCUACCACCAAAAAUUACCGAUUUCCUUCUGACCCACACCAAUACCAUCGGAUCAAUGCUUGUCCAGAAGCGAGAUCAGUCAAGCGAGGAGAAUGAAAAUGUGGAAGAAAGGGAUGUUGGCGAGGGAGGCGCGGAGCAAGGGAAGAUAUUGACUCCAGAGCAAUUUUGGGAAGUAUUAGAGGGAUUGACAAUCAAAGCUGGAGGUGAUUGGGCUGGAGCAGCCGAUCGAAUUUGGUCAUUCGGUCCUAAAAGGAUGGGUGCGAAUAUCCUGUUAGACCCUCUAGGGAAAAGUCAACUUCGUCUUCGAGGGAAAGAAAAGCUGUUCGCAACUGCCAGAGCAGAAGGCCAAUCAACCGACGCAGCUUUGCAGGUGGCAGAUAACGCUUUAGCAAGAGAUCAAUUGGCUUCUUUGACCUCGACAGGAACGGUUGAAGAAGCCGAUGAAAAAGCUCGAGCAGAAUUGAGAUUAUUAAGGGAUUUCGAAAACUCCAUCGAAGCAGGAUUCCAAAUGGCUACUUUCCAAGGUCCAUUAUGCUCUGAGCCAGUAGUGGGAAUGGCGUGGACAGUGGAGAAUGUUGAGCUGAACAGAGAAGAAUUCGAAUCUGAACAAGGUAAAGGUCGUGCAUCAGCCGUUACUGGAGCUUUGAUCUCAUCUGUCAGAGACGCAUGUCGAGCAGGAAUGUUAGAUUGGUCACCUCGAAUCAAGUUGGCAAUGUAUACCUGUGACAUCCAAGCUUCAACCGAUGUACUGGGUAAAGUAUACGCUGUAGUAGCUAGAAGAAGAGGAAGAAUAGUCUCUGAAGAAAUGAAAGAGGGUACUUCAUUCUUCACGAUAAGAGCUAUGUUACCGGUGGUAGAGAGUUUUGGAUUUGCCGAUGAGAUCCGUAAACGGACUUCGGGAGCAGCUUCACCUCAAUUGAUUUUCGCAGGAUAUGAAACGUUAGAUCAAGAUCCAUUCUGGGUACCUACAACUCAAGAAGAACUGGAAGAUUUAGGUGAAAAAGCAGAUAGAGCCAAUGUAGCUAAAGGUUAUGUUGAUGGUGUUAGGAAGAGGAAAGGAAUGUUCGUUGAGAAGAAAAUCGUGGAAAGUGCUGAAAAGCAAAGGACCUUGAAGAAGUAG